AUGCUUACUCACUACUUCAUUGCGGCCCUUUUUCUGGCCACGUUCGUUUGGGCGGGAAGCGCCUUGAACAACCCUAUCACCGGAAUCAAGGCACAGCUCUCAAAUAAUCGGACUGGCCCUGGCUAUUACUGGGACACCUGGGAAGUUGUGGUCGACUUCGCUUUCAACAAGUACUCCCUCGAAGACAUCAGAGGUGGUGAUUUCUUCGGCUUCACUCUUGCGGGAAAACAGCUCAAUCCCCGUGGUCCCAAGGACAAGGUUCCAGUCGAUUAUGACUUCUACAUUGUCAACUAUGACGGGCGGAGACUUUUCCAUGUCACUACAACAAGCGAUUCUUACAACUUCCGAGCUACCGCGACCAGCGUAUUCGACAACCCCUCAAUGGAGGUUCUUGAGCUCUCUGGACAGCUCACUGUCGAGUUUCUGGUCAAGCCCAACUCACCUGUUGGACUGUCAGAUGUUUCUAUUGGCCCUUGGUCCAGCAGCAUCAAUCUUGAGGAUCCAGACAUGGCUGACGCUGAUGCAGGAGCUUGCUGGUGGAAUAUUGACAGCUACCAACCGGCAAACAAUGGAAACUCUCAAAAAAUCUGUGCUCAACAAGGCCUUCCAUAUCCCCCCAGUGGUUAUGGAAGGGCAUAUCUGAAGACUAUCAUACAUCCUAUGUACACCAAGGUUGUCACUGGACUCACUGCCGGCUCGGAGACUCUUGUGGACGACAGAAAUAUUCCAUAUGAGCGGGUUACUACCACUCCUGCAAGCACAAUUACAGUCGCUGGCUAUGAAACUGGCUUGGAGUUCUUCGAGUCCGUUGGCAGCAUCUUCGAGCGAACUACUGAAACUCCUGCAUACACCACUACAGUGGAAGGUCUCAAGGCUGGUUCCGAAUUUCUGACAAAUUCUGAGCACGUCCUGUACGAGCAGGUAACGGCAAUUCCGGCCUUCACUUCUACAAUUGCUGGAUAUGAGGCAGGCUCUCAGCUCCUCGUUGAUCCUCUCAAUGGUGUUGUCUUCAAGCAGAUCACUAUCACUCCUGUUUCUACUUCCACUGUGGUAGGACAUGUGGUGGGUACCGAGUUGCUCAAUGACUCCGAGGGCAUUCUCUAUGAGCAGAUUACUGUUACGCCCGCAUUCACCACCACCAUCCCUGGACAUCAGGCUGGAUCCCAGUUCUUGUCCAAUCCGGUUGAUGGUGUGAUUUUUGAACAGGUUACUGAGACACCAGCUUUCACUACCACAGUUCCUGGUCAUAGAGCGGGGUCCCAGUUCACCGUUGAUUCAAAUGGUACCAUUUUCGAACAAGUUACUGUCACUCCUGUGAGCACUUCUACUGUUCCUGGACACAAGAUGGGCUCUGAGUUCGUGUGGGAUGUUAUGGAUGGUGUUUUUGCUGAGCGGGUCACUGUAACUCCUGCUUUCACCUCUACGAUUGCAGGCCAUGAGGCCGGUUCUGAGUUUGUGACUAACGGUACCCAUGUUUUGUAUGAGCGGGUCACGGCUACUCCUGUCUUCACGUCCACUGUUUCAGGCCACAGAGCUGGCUCUGAGUUCACUGCGGAUGCCCUUGGAAACAUCUAUGAGCGAGUUACCAUUGCGCCUGCCUACACUUCUGUCGUUCCUGGACAUGAACCAGGUUCCGAGUUCCUGGAUGGCUCAGAUGGCAACUUCUACGAGCGAGUUACUACGACUCCUGCGAGAACAGUGACUGUUCCUGGGCAUGAGGAAGGUUUCCAGUUCUUGUCAGACUUCAAUGAUGGCGAAUUUAUAGAGCAAUUGACCAUCACUCCGGCUUUCACCGUCACUGUCACGGCACACAAAGCAGGUGCUGAGUUUGUAACUAAUGCUGAUAAUGUUCUUUAUGAGCAAGUUACUGUCUCGCCAGCUUCAACCACUACAGUAGUAGGUCACGAGGCCGGCUCAGAGUAUUUGCAGGACCCUGAAGGAGUCAUUUUUGUGCAGGUUACUGUGACCCCCGCAUUCACUUCCACCGUGACUGGACACACAGCAGGCUCCGAGUUCCGUACGAGAGGAGACGGUGUUUUUUAUGAGCUGUUCACCGCCACCCCUGUCCAUGUCACCACAGUAACUGGCCACAUGGGCGGUUCUGAGUUUUUGGAGAACUUGCAAGGUGAUAUUUUCGAACAGGUUACGGUUACCCCAGUCUUCACGGCGACCGUGAUAGGACACAAGAAUGGAUCUGAGUUUCUGAAGGACUCUAAUGGCACCAUCUUCGAGCGGGUUACUGUGACUCCAGCUUUCACGUCUACAGUCACUGAUCGUGAAGGGGGCUCUGAGUUCUCAACUAGAGCAGACGGUGUCCUCUACGAGGUUACCACUGCAACCCCUGUCUACGCAGCUACUGUCACUGGUCUCGCAGGUGGCUCCGAGUUCUUGGAGGAUUCCCAAGGUGUCAUUUUCGAGCAGAUCACCGUUACCAUUGAACGAGGGACGGUGGCUCCAGCUUACACCACCACUAUUUCAGGACACGAUGCUGACUCACAGUUCUUCACGAACGAUAGUAACGUUGAGAAUGGGAAGGAUACUGCUACUUCAGCGUUGACGACCGCUGUUACAGAACAUGAAGCAGGUGCACAGCUGUUGGAAGAAUUUUAUGGCAAGUUUUACGAAAACGUGACUGCUACUCCGGUUGUUACCACAUCGGAGAUAGAGUCCAGGAAUGGUUCCGAAUCUCUGAGGGAAUCACAUGGUAUCAUCAUUGCGCAAGUCACCGUGUCCCCUGUCACUUCCUUGGUGGUUUCAUCAGCUGAGGGCUCAGCCUCCGCUGAGGAGAAAGAGAUUUUAACUAGUCUGUCUAACCCCAACGUUUCUAUCUCCAUCAGUGAUGGUUUAUCACCAUCUACUUCCAGCAAAGCGGAUGAUUCACCAAGUGUCACUUCCACCUCUUCUGUCUCGUCUUUUUCAACCUCGGUGUCUUCACCAGGCCGUUCAGCUGUAGAUACUACCCAGUCCAACAAUAGUUCAAUCUCCGCUGAUGAUAUUACGACCUCUGGAAUUACUUCUAGUUUCAGGACUUCCUUUUCCACUAUUAAUGUCUCUUCGGCAUCAGGUGACAUUUCCUCUUCUUCUGUGUCGUCUUACACAACUUCAGUGUCUUCCUCAAGUGAGAAUGCCACCUCAGCUGCAAAAACACUAACGUCCUGCGGCAGUUCUGUUUCGCUUCCCGUGAGCUCCAUUAUAUCAGUUAUAACUUCAUCGUCUCCAUCCAUCCUUUCUGCUGGGAACUCCACCGAUGGCAUUGUUACAUCACAAACGACACCACUUGACAAUGUCCCAUUCCAAAAUGCUUCGUUUGCAUCAAAUGAAGGACCUGACUCUUCAACUGAUGGUUCUUCUAUCUCAAUUGACAAUGUUACAGCUACUCUCUCCACAGCUGCUGUUACUUCACGAAUAUCUACUGCCCUCUCCACGGUUGCAGUUACCUCACAAGCCUCCACUGCUGUCAGCAGCUCUGUUUCUUCUGCUCAAGUCUCUUCCAGUGGAGUCAUUUACAACGGUGGGGGUGUUUCUGAUGCGCAGUCGGACCAUAUUGAUAGAUCCAGCCGUUUUGGAGAAUCGCAUGGUGUUCACGGAGAUAAGUUAGAAGGGUGGAAGGACUUCAGUGACGUUUCCAAUCACGUCACUGGUCCCUUUGGCUAUGCCGAUGGCAUUACCGAACUCUCUGACGGUUCAGGUACUGCCGGCUAUGGGGGUACGUCUGGUUCUGCCGGUGGAAAUUCUGACAGUCAUUCAAAUGAUGGCUCUGAUCAGCCCUCUUCCGGUGCUACUUACAACUUCGAUCCAAACAGCGCCUCUUCCUCUUCAGUCGGCGCUCUUCUGGCUCUCACCUUUCUGGUGAUGCUUGUUUAG